UAGCCCUUGAUAGCCCGCGCACCGUGGUACCGAUUGAUCCGGACGUUUCACCUUCUCUUUGCGGUUCUGCCCUUCAACAAGUAUGAGAGGGCAGGGUGGUUCAGGUGAUCCGACUAGAGGUCGGGGACGUCGGGGUAACCCAGCUAGAGGUCGUGGUCGGGGUAACCCGGCUGUGCGUGCCCCUAUUGAGGACAUCCCUGUUCAGGGUCAGCAGCAGGAGGUGGAGGCGGCACCCCCUGUUCAGGCCCGACAGCCAGGAGAGCCGCCUGCAGAGCUGGAUGACCAGGGGAGGGCACUGUGUUUCCCAGACGCCAGCAGGGAGAGGCUGUUGCACUCUGGACCAAUCUCCCGGUCUAUGCGGGAGAUCUUUAGAAAGUGCUGGUUCGAGAAUGGGCGAGCCUGGAGGUUUCUGACUGCAGAGCAGACAGAUUUCUAUUGGGAGGAAUUUAAGAAGGAAUACUGGUGGGAUACGGCGGAUUACAGCGACGACGUCAUCAAAAGUGUAUUCAUGGCGCAUGCUGCAAACCGAUAUAAGGACGUUAUUCAUAGGAUGAGAGAGAAGGACGAAAAACAUACCUCGAUCAGCCAAGAUAUCUGGGAUUCCUGGAAGGCCGCCUGGGCGUCAGAAGACGAGAAGAAGAAGUCCGAUGUAGCUCGCGCUAAUAGGAUGAGCGAGCCUGCUGGAGCUGGUUCCGGACCAGUACGCCAUACAGGGGGAUCCCGUUCCGCCAUCCGACAUAUGGAUGUGUUGGCUGAAGAGCUCGGCCGCAAGCCUACCGCAACGGAGCUGUAUACUCGGAUGCACUCCACGAAAGCUGAUAAGGGUGUCAUGGUAGACAAGAGGGCCCAGAACAUGAGUGAUGCAAUUGCUCAGAGACUUGCUGCUGCAUCGCAGCCGCCGACCGAUGGGGGUUCUUCUAGCACAGCGGAAGUCGACGAGACCCAGCUGUUUCUGGAUAUCGAGGGCGUUAACAAGAAGCGUCGUGUUUACGGGUUGGGUUCAGCGACUAGUGCGUACGUGGAUACGACGACGUCUAGUAGGGCGAGGACCAGGUCCACACAGUCACAGCGAACUGAGGAGGAGAUCGAGCGGCGUGUGCGGGCGGGGAUCCAGGACGGACUGCGCCAGAUUACCACUGAGGUGGAGGAUCUCCGUGCGCAGCAGGCGAGAGCCAAUGAGAGGAUGGCCGAGAUUAUUCAGGCUGAGAUGGCGAAGAUGAUGCAGACUCUUCCUCCGCAGUAUCGCCCACCUCCACCCCCAGGUCCUUCAGACGAUGACAACACUCCGACUUUAUAGUGUCAUGUUUGCGUUUCUGACAU